GAGGCCGACGACGACGAAGUGCUGUGGCGCGCGCCUCUCCCAUUGGCUGAGCCGGCCCACGCGAGCCAAUAAGGGUGCUCGGGAAGCCGAAGGCAGUCAUCGGGCCAGUGCCAAAUUCCACCCCGCUUCUUUGAUUGUGCGUACACGUUCGUGUAUUUCUUCCUUUCUAUGUGCCCGCCGCCGCCGUUCCCGACUGCAACGAACGCCCCCAUCAUCGUUAGCGCCUGAAGCGGCCCGCGGACUUUCGAAGAAGCGGACUUGCCCGCCGUCGGAUCGACCGGCGAAUCGUGUCAAAGUCAAGGAGGCGCCGCGACGUUUGCCAUUGCCCUUGUGACGUGUUAAGUGGAACGUGAUACGUACGGUCUUCGUCCCAUGGAUAGCUUCGGGUCAUUCGGAGGCUGAGGGUACGGGCCCGUCAAAGCUGCUGACGAUGAUAUCGCUCAAGUUCCUGUACAGCAGCCCGCUGGGCGCCCUGCUGACUGGCGCCGGGCGCAGCGGCAAGUGCCCCGAGAGCGACGACCAGGUGCUGCCGGCCGACAGGGACCCCGCGGUGGCGGGUGACCCGGCGUGGGCGUCGUACGCCGCCUCCAUUCCGCGCGCGCAGAGCUACAAGGGCGUCCUGCUGCAGGGCUACCUGCUGCACCCGCACGUCAUCCGCGGACUGGCCGACUUCAAGAUACGCAACGACGACGUCUUCAUCGUCACCUACCCCAAGUCCGGCACGACGUGGAUGGAGGAGAUCGUGUCCCUCAUCAUGAACGGCGGAGACCCGGACCGGGUGAAGAACAAGCUGCUCGUGUACCGGGUGCAGCACCUGGAGGUGGGACCCCCCGUGGGACACCUGUGGCACCUGCGCAAGACCCGCUCGCCGCGCCUGCUCGCCACACACCUGCCCCUCAAGCUCAUACCCAAGCAGCUGCAGCAGGCCAAGUGCAAGAUAAUCUACGUGGUCCGGAAUCCAAAGGACAACGCGGUGUCCUACUACCACCAUCACAAGAUGAGCACGUUCCUCGGCAACUUCAAGGGUUCCUGGGAUGAGUUCCUCAACCACUACAUGUCCGGACACGUGGUGUACGGCUCGUGGUUCGACCACGUGCUCCCGUACUGGAAGUUCCACCUGGAGCACCCCGACCGCGUCAUGUUCGUCUCGUUCGAGGAGCUCAAGAUCGAGCUGGGCUCCAUGGUGCAGCGCAUCAGCCAGUUCCUGGGGCGACCCCUGGGGCCCGACGCGUUGGCUGCCGUGGCCAACCACUGCACCUUCGACCAGAUGAAGAACAACAACAUGGUCAACCGCGAGGUGCUGCCCAUCUCCGACCUCUUCGACAUGACGCAGUCCAAGUUCAUGCGAAAAGGCAUUAUCGGUGACUGGAAGAACUACUUCACCGACGAGCAGUCCCAAGCGUUCGACGAACAGUACGCCGAGCGCAUGGCCGGCAGUGGCCUGGACUUGGUGUUUGAGCCGCAAGACGCGCUGGACCGCAUGCGCAAGUUUGGCCGCAUCAUCGUGGACCCCGAGCCGAAGAUGAGCUGGAACCGCCGGGACGGCACCGACUCCAACGCCAACAACGAAGAGGACAAGGAGGCGGACAGUUCGGGCAAGCGGCACUUCCCGUGCUUCUUCGACUCGCCGCCCCUGACGCGUCGCCGUGAGGCGGUACUGCACCACCCUUUCAUGACACCCGAUCCGCUGACGCUCACCGGUUAGAGGAGACGCCGUCCGCAUCUGCGCUUUAUAUGGCGGGAGCACGAACUGUUAGGCCUAGCGGCAGUGACUGGUAAAGCUGUGGACGAGUGCCUUUCGCUGGUGCUGAAACGUGUGGCGGUGAGUGCGCGCAGCGCCUUUGUCGUGCCAGUGCGUGUCGUUAGGCUUAACAAGAAAGGACUGUAGUGUCUUUUUUUUUUUUCUUUUGCCAUUUGUGCGAGCGGCUACUAUCUGUGCGGCCGAUGGCAUCGUACCUGCGGCGUUGUUCAUCGUCGUUGGAUUCACAUGCAGCCGUAGACCUCGAGCUUCACAUUGACAUGCGUCAUUCGUGGCUGCAGAUCGACGUGUACAUUUAGGCCUAACAGCGACGUGCGGCUGCAGCGUGUUUCUCCUUUUGUCAUCGGUCGGACGGGGGCGUCAGAAUCAAGUCUCACUGCUCGUCUGUCUAGAGGGCUUAGGCUUGCAUCGUUAGGCCUAACGACGGCAGUGCCUUGUGCGUCUCUGGAAGCUUUCAACGCAUGUGCGCCUCAGGUUUGGAACUGUUUUUCCAAACCAUCAUGAAAGCGUGAAGACUAGCCAUUGUUUUGUGGGCUCCCACCUGUGUGUCAUUGCACAUGUCAUUUCCAGGUCAGAUUUCCUUUCUCCCCUCCCACAAACCAGAAGACAUCAUCUAGAUCCCACAGCAUGAUUCCAGGCACAGCCCGCUCUUCGCCUUGUAUACAAACGAGCUGCUUAAAGCAAAUACUGUUACAGUACACUAAACACCGCAGCGCGCCACUAUGGAUGUCACAAGAGCAUUUUGUACACAGAAGUGCUGAAGCUUUCACCGAGCGGUAAAUGUUGGCUCGAGAAAAAAAAAGUAAAAAAAAAAUAACACGUUGCACGUCAGUCAAGAGGAAAGAAGGGCCUUGUGGGACCACUUUUACAAUUUGCACAUAAACGUAGACAAAGGGCUCUUAUGAGGGGGAAAAGGGGGCAAAAUAUCAGAAAGUAGUGUGGAAGCUACAUGCAAAAAAAAAAGUAAUGACACUGGGACCAGAGACAAGUUUUUUUUCUUUUUUUUACUGUACAUAAAGGUGUGCUAGCGUCUGCUGCAUGGGCAAAACUAUUCACUCCUGACAAGAACUGUGUGCUGUGGUGCUGUGUUGCGCUUUGCGGCUUUUGUUUGUGUGCAUCUGGUCUUGUGGCUUGGAUUAUGCUUUGCCCGUGUGCCUUUAUUUUUUUCCAUUUUGUGGGAAAAUAAAGUGAUUUUCAAGCAUC